AUGGCUCUGGCGCAUUCCGCCCGCACCCGGCUCGCGGCCGUCUCCGCUGCUCAGCUCGCACUCUCUCUUCUUCUCCUUUCCCCUCUUUCUCUCCUUUUCCUCUCGUCUGUAACGGCCGCGCAGCCCCCUGCGUACCAGGCAGAGUACAACGCGGGCUACCAAGCGCCUCCUCCCCCUACUUCUCCCCCGCCUCCUGGAGAAACGCAGGGAUACACGCCUCCGAGUGGUCAGGCGAAUUAUGGCCAGGCUCCGCAGCCGCCUGUUCAGAACUACGCCGCUCCAGAUUACGCUGCUCAGGGGAUGUAUGGGAGGCCCGACGGACGAACAGCUGGGGGAACUCCGCCGUACUCGCCUCCGCCCCAGGCUGGCUCCUCUCUGCCCUACGCUGCUUCCUAUGCGCCCGCAGCUCAGGCGUUUUCGGGCGACGGCGUCCCGUUUCCGCCGCGAAAGGCCUUCGUCGAGGGCGCGCCUCACGUGGCUCCGCCUCCCGUCGUCCCAGGCGGAGACAGUGGGGCGAGCAGACGAAAGGAGACAGGCAGGCCAUUGUGGCAAGAGACAGUCGGCUCGGUCGAACUCCCCAGACACUCCUGGGCUGCGCCGCUUGACUUUGAAAGCAUCCAGGGCGACUGGGACAUCGCCAUGGCGACGGUCCCGGCGGAGAGAUACCUCGUUCUCACGCCUGCGGUCGCGAAUCGCACGGGGCAAUUCUGGCACAGACAGCCGCUGAAGACAACCAACUUUGAAGUUCAGUUCGGGUUCGGCGUGUACGGCGACGACAAGGCGUACGUCGACUUUGCGAAGGCGAACGCGCGGAGACAAACGGCUCAGAGCCCGCAAGACGCCGCAGGGAGCUCCGCGGGCCCUGUCUUGAUUGGGAAACCCGAGGGUUUUGCUUUCUGGUACGUCUACGACGAAUACGCAAAGGUGUUUCCCAAGUCGCCCGAGGAAGAGAAGGACUGGACACUCAUGGGCUACAAAAACAGGCCGAGAGGGCUCGGCGUCUUCUUCAAAAUGUUCGACCGCUACGGCCAACUCCGACCCUCCAUCUCGGUCUUCUACAACGAGCACGGCACCCGCGCCCUUGAUCCCUUGCGAGAGAUUCCGCUCCCCGCCGGGGUCUUCUACAGAUACCGAAACCUCCCCGAGCCUGCAGUCUUUAAACUCGCAGCGGGCCCUGCGGGAGUGGUAGGGGAGAUUCGCACGAGCUCUCGAGGCCCGUGGCUUACGUGUUUCCACCUGAAGGACGUUCGCCUGAAUCCCGGCGGCUUCAUCGGCUUCACGGCUUACAACGGUCCGGAGGCUGCGUCUCUGUUGCCCACCGCGGGGCGCGACGAGAAGCCUGGCGGCGGCAUUGCCGACCUCGUCGUGCUCUACUUUGUCAAACUCUGGAACUUGGACCUGAGCGUGCGCGGCGAAGACGACGCAGCGGUUGCGCAGGAACUUAGCGACGUUCCCGUCGACGACAUGCUCAAGUUCCACUCUUUCCACAAAGACGACAAGGCGCUUGCCGACGCCCUCAAACAACUCACCAGAAUGAUGUACAAGCACAUUGCGGAACAAACGCCGAGGGAGCAAGCGAUGCAGCGAACCAUCAACUCUUUAUUAGGGCAGGUGACUCGGCUAUCGACAGAGCUGCGAGACAUGAAGAAGGACAUUCUCACUCAUCUGCAGAAGGCGACUCCAGGGGCGGGGAGCAAGGUCGGCGGGUCUGGCGAUGCCAAAGCAGGCGCAGGAACCGAACACGCCUUGCAUACAGUGAGAACCGAGCUGCAUGGCCUGAAGAAUUUGCUGGCUCAGCACUCGCAGAUCCACAGAGACUCUCUCCACACGCUCCAGCAGAAGGUCGAGGCUGCCAGAGCCACAGGGUCGGCAGGCGCGGUCGCUCCAGAGCUACGGGAGUUGGCUAAUCGGGCGCGAGAGCUGGAGGCCACGAUUGCAGCAAAGGAGCACUUCUCGUUCUUUAUGACUGUCGGGAUGAUUCUCGUUCUUCUCGCCUUUGCCGUCUUCGUUUGGAAACGCUUCCGAGACAUGGAGAAGAAGCACUUGCUUUGA